AUCAAGCGUAACGUGAACUCGUAAGCACGCAAACAUCUCCUCGACGGUGCUGACCGGGGCUGCAUGCCAAUGAGCUUGAGCAUCUUACGACUUGCCACACGCGGGUUGUCGCGCCAAAACGUAGUCCACCCCUUCCGCGCCAGACCCAUCGCCUCGACAUCCCGGCUUGCACACACACCUGCACAGAGCGACAAGAACAAGCAGUCGUCACCCCUUCAUUCACGGAAUGAGAGGAUUCCUUUCCGCGUCGUCAGGGUGGUGCACGAGGAGACCGGCCGUCUGAGCGACGAAUGGGUCGCCCUCUCGGACAUCCUCCAAAACCUCAAGCGGAAGGAGAAUUACGUCGAGCUCGUCGCCCUCAAUCCCGAUCCCGUUGUAAAGAUAAUCAAGUCAAGGGAUGUCUACCUCAAGAUGCGUGCACGGGCGGAGAGGAGGAAGGUGAGGCGAGAGCAGAAGGAGGUGCAGAUGACCUGGGCCAUCUCCCCAGGAGACCUUGCGCACAAACUGGCGAAGGUCAGGGAGGAGCUGGAGGCGGGGAACAGAGUGGACCUGGUGUAUAUGUCCAAGAGUGGGCAGCCUAAACCCACACCAGAGCAAGUGGAGGCUCAGGCUGCGGAGACGGUGAAGCUGCUAGAGGACGCAGGCGCGGAAUGGAAGCCGCGCACUACGACGAAGACGACUCUCAUCAUAUCCUUCCAAGGUCACAACGAGCCUGGAGCCGCGGCCGACACCGCGGAAAGUCUCAAGGCACAGAUGAAGGAAAAAGCGAAGAAGAAAUCGGAGCGGCGGCAGAAGGAGUUGAUGAGACAGACGAAGUACCAGAAGCCGGAGCAACCAUCAUCUUCAGCUUCAUGAUAUACAUGUACUCAUGCCCAUCACAUUUGCCCUACAUAUUACAUUAGAAACAGUACAUCUACUUAUUAGCUGCAUUCAGACGACGGUGCAACUUAGUCCGACGGCGACGACGAAGAGGCAAUCCACGGGUUUUGAUAGUGACGAAGGCAUGAGGACGGAACCGUGUGCGCUG